CCAACUUAUUUGCCUCCUACCAAAAAACUACAGACAACAGUCGAAACACGUCCGCCGAUAACAAAAGCAGCCACAAUAACUGAGACAAUAAAAAAAAACACACCACCAACAACCUAUCGAACAAGAGGUACGGUCCCAACCACAAGUUAUAAAACUACGUUACGGGUUCCUACAACUGCUUACGCAACAACUAAGCGAACUCCAACUGUAGGAACAACACCACUAUCAACCACGACACCAGUGAGAUUUUCAACAACGUCAAAGCAAACAACUCAGGCACGUACUCAAAGAACUUCUAUUAAGCCACAGCCACCGGCAACAACUGCAACCGUAAGAACUUUUACAGAAACAACCAAACCUAUUACAGUAAGCUAUGGGACAACAAGCAAGGCACCAAUAACUUUAUUUAGAACAACAAUAGGUAUCCCUACGACUAUUUACACAACAACCACGCGAGCUCCAACCACAGAAAGAACAAGAUCACCAACCAUUCCUAGGCGAGAACUUUCAAUAACACCAAAACGAAUAACUCAAACUUCAACUCAAAAAACAAGCACUCCCGGUCCAACUUAUUUGCCUCCCACCCAAAAACCACGGACAACAGCCAAAACGCGUCUACCUUUAACAAAAACAGUCACAACAACUAAUAUAAUAAAGACGAAUACGCCAGCAACAACCUAUCGAACAAGAGCUACCGUCCCAACAUUAACAUAUAAAACUACAUUACGGGUUCCUACAAUUGGUUACAUAACAACAACGCGAACUCCAAGUACAGCAACACCAAGACCAUCAAUCACAACAGUAGGGAGAUUUUCAACAACGUCAAAGCAAAUAACCAAAGCGCCAACACAAACUUACCUUCCACCGUCUGUUAAGACACCGGCAACAACAGUGACCGUGAGAAGUUAUACAGAAAAAACCAAACUUCCCACAGUAAGCUACGUGACAACAACCAAAGCCCCAACUACGUUGCUUAGAACGACAGCUGGUCCGCCCACGAUUAUUUAUUCAACAACCACACGAGCUCCAACUACAGAAAGAACAAGACUGCUAACUACAACAACACGAAAAGCUCCAACAACACAAAAACAAGUAACUCAACCACCAACUCAA